AUGAAAGCACUACUGGACGAGUUUGUGGCCCCUAUGAAGUACACAAUAGACAAUGAACUCCUCGAUGCAUUCGGGAUCAACUGUGAGAAUGCGGGUUGGGACUAUGAGGACAACAGUAAAAUCCUAUACAUGGGCUUCUCCACGGGGGAUGUUAUGAAAUGUAAACUGAUGUCAGCAGCAUUGGCCUUCAUGAAUACGGUGAGAAUGGGCAAGAAUGCACACAGCGACAGGAGUCAGAAUGAUCAGGAUAUGAGGGAAAUUUUAGGGUGUGUAGUGGUAAAUAUGUAUAUGAACAUAUUGAGAAAUGUCAAAUGCGGGCAUCCGUGGAAAGGACCGAGUUAUGCCUGGAAGGUGGCCAAAAAAAUGGGAAAUGACGAAGGAGGUGCAGCAUUCAGCAGUGCAAUUACAGCCGGAACGUGUACUAAGGAUGCAUGGCGCGGCCUGAAAAUAGGCACACAGGACAUUCGGCGCGCUGUGGAGGCAUGGUUAAGGGGAAAUGCACACAUAAUGGCGGAAAUACAGAAAGCUCAGGCAAGCGCAGAAUGUAACAAACCAUGGAAGAGGGAACCAGGUCUGCCACAGAGCGCCCGUACUACGCAUGGUACUGCAGGAGGUAGUGAAGAAUACACACAACUUGGAGAGAAGAUAGGAAAUAUCGUGGACAGCAUAAUUGUAGGGAUGAAGGAAGAAAUAGAUGACGAGGGAAGAAUGAAUACGAAAAGCAAAGAGCAGUCCAGGUUAAGUUCUACGGGUACCUCCAACGUCCAGAAGGACACGCGGCGUACGGCGCGCGUGGACCAUGUUGCACACGAAGAGUCGGAAGACGAUGACGAUGAAGACGAAGAUGAGGAUGCAGAAGCGGAGGACACGAGUGGUAAGAACAGUACGAAUACGACUCGCGCUCAACCACCACAACCAGCACUCGCGGACACCGAAGGCGGGAGGUCACAGUCCGGAUCAGCACUAGUGCCAGCAUCGGGCACACAACCACAAGCACCGGCAUCUCCAGUAUUACCAGCACCACCAACGGACACGCAACCACCUCCAUCACCAUCGGGUCCCCCCCAGGGAGAGUCAUCAGUGCCACAAUCACCACCUGUUCCUCAGUCCCCACCGGCUGCAGGACCGGCCGAAGGACAUGGUCAUGCAGGACCAAACGGGGAUGUUAAGCAGCCUGAGGAUGAUGAUACCACCCAAGCAUUAGGCGCAGGAUCGAGGGUUCCGCUUAUUACGAACACGGAUUCUAAAUUAGCCCCCAAGGAUAUACCCAAAGUGCCUGUCACACAGACGGAUACGGGAGGCGAUGCCGUCGAUGGCGGCAACGAUGACCCCCCUCCUCUCAAUCCACCCAAACCAAAACCGAACCCGAACCCAAAUCAAUCGGGUAGUAGUGGCAGUUUCAGUGAUGCUGAUUUGGCUGAUGGAGUUUCUGGUGGGGACGGAAAAGGCGCAGGUGGGGGUGGUCCAACGCAUGGUGGAGCAGGUGGUGCAGUUGGUGGUGGUACGGGUGGUAGUAGUGGUGGUGGUGGAGCAGGAGGUGCUGGAGUUGGUGGAGGUGCUGGAGGGGCUGCCCUUACCCCUGCGACCCCUUCCGUGCCGCCCGGCCUCACAUGGGAAGAUGUCAAGCCGUACACCCCCGCGCUGAUUCCCGCGGUGGUUGGUAUUGGGGUGAUUGCUUUUUUCCUCUGGAAGUACUUUGCGUACCUCACCAAACGACGACGAACAUAUCGAACCGUUCGUGACGUGCCGUCACCGCCACUCGACGAAGAAAUUCUAGACCAUCUACAACGCGCCGAACUACCGCCACCCGAUUACGGUUACACCAUGGUUAGGGAUAGGCAGCCCGGCAGAUUGCCCGCCGCCCGACGACGACGCCCCCCACGGGUGCAUACACGCACGAUUAUCGAGCUACAUCUAGAAGUGCUACACGAAUGUGACGCAGCCGCAUGGGAAAACGUCCAAGACGACUAUUGGACGAUUGUCGUGCAGCAGUUUGCACAGGAGUUGAUGCGGGACGCCACGGGGUAUAGUAGUUUCCCGGAUGCUCCUAGCACAAACCAGGCUUUAUCCGGGACCAAUGUUUUAGCCAACGCAGACCGACCGCGUCAUUACCACGCCCGUCAUCCCACCUGCGACGCCCCCGUUCCAGCCACACACACACCCACAAACGCCCUAGUCACGGACAUACCCACAUGUGCCACAAUCACGGACAUACCCCCAUGUGAUGAUCCGAAGCCCGACAUCACACACCAGUUAGUCACAGACGACACAGUCACAGACACACCCCCACAUGAACCUCCAAAGCCCGCAAUCACACAACCACCAGGCUCCGGUAACGCAGUCACAGAGACACCCACAUGUGCGGAUCCUAAGACCGACAUCACACACAUACCCACAUGUAAAGCAGUCAUAGACACACCCACAUGUGAUCAUCCUCAGCCCGACAUCACACAACACACAGUCACAAACGACACAGUCACAGACAUACCCACACGUGACGCACUCACAGACACACCCACAUGUGAGGAUCCUAAGCCCGAAAUCACAGACAUACCCACAUGUAAAGCAGUCACAGACAGACACACAUGUGCUGAUCCUCAGCAUGCAAUCACAUCACACACACUCACAAGCGACACCGUCACGGACACACCCACAUCCCACACUACCACGUGGCUGCGUUGGAUUGACCGUAACAAACAUAUUUUAAGGGCGUGCACGGGGCAACCGUGGUUUAAUGCCCUCAAAUUGCAAUGGACACAAUACCUGAGUGAACAAAUGGUGGCAAACGAGGACAACGGGCACCGUGAAUUAGGUGAGUACGGUAAUAUCCCAUACAUGCAAAGCAAGAAAUUGGUCCUGUGGAAACAGUGGGUCGCACAGCAACAUGCGCUUAUGCAUAUAUAUGGUGAGGAGGAGUGGUUUCAACGUUUGUUGAAUAGUGUAGAGGAGGAGACAGUGUCGGACAAAGGCGCAGUACCACGAGUAGAAAAACACUUCAAAAUGGAAAAAGUAAUGGGCACAGAACACUUGCUACACGUGCGCGAUGUACCGCGCUCGCAACUGCAUAAGCAACCUUACAUGACAAAACCGUUAACCGCUAAAACAUGGAUACUGAUCCUGGCAUUAGUCAUAGAACACUGCGAGGUCGAAUGUCGUUUGCAGGAGAAGGAGUUAUAUGUGGAUGAACUAUUGCACAAGCUCUGA